AUGUUGUUCUCUCUCGCUAUUCGCCGUUCAAUCCCCUCGGGUGUCACAGCCCGUGGCGCAAUCCGACCACUCUCAACAACUCGAUUCCUGCGCCAGAGCGACGACAAGCCCAUGCCAUUCUCAGACUCCCCGGCUCCUCCGCGUCUCCCAAAGGAAGAACAAGAGAUCUUCGAACAGCUCCAGAAACGCUCGACCGGUGCUUUCAGUACACCCCAGGUCAACCAGUCCCCACAGGCCGAGAUUCAGGCGGAUGGCAAAGGUGGCGAGCUUCACCCCGAUGCGCCAAAGGGACUGAAGCCUGAGUUUGAGGGCGAGAAGAACCCGAAGACUGGCGAAGUUGGUGGACCAAAGAAUGAGCCUCUGCGCUGGGGCGCAGCGGGCGAUUGGAGCUACGGUGGUCGCGUCACUGAUUUCUGA